AUGAACCCGACCUUCAUCAAAUCGCUGCGCGCCACCGCCGACGCCGAUCCCUACACCAUCGCCAAGGCGGGAGCCGCCUUUCUGGAAAGCGCGCCUGCCAGCGCCGACGAUGACGCGCUCAUCGGCACUUAUGAUGCGCAGGGCGCGACAUCCGGCGACAUGGCGGACGUGAUCCAGGGCGGAUGGGGCGAGGUCAAGCUCGGCGGCACGGUUGCCGCAGGCGACAUGCUUACGGCGGACGCCAGCGCCCAUGCGGUCAAGAUCGCAGCCGGUGAAACCAAGCGCACCAUUGGCAUGGCCAUGGCCCCCGGCGUCGAUGGCGACGUCAUUCCCUAUCUCGCCCAGCCGGGCGCGGCAGCCGUUCCGGCAGCCGUCUGA